AUGGAAUUCUGUGCGUAUGUAUGUGUGCGUUUUCCUGUCUGUUUCUGCGUCGUUCUUGGCUGUUUUUUUUAUCUUUUUUCCCUUUUUGUUUUUUCCCUUUCCCUUUCUUGUGUCAUUGACACAGUUUCUUUAGGGAACACGAAGGAAAAAAAAGGGGGGAGGAGGGAAAAUUUGAUGCGGUUUUCACCCCUCACCGCAUGCUUCUAUUCGGGGGCCCGACGACAGACACCGCUGCAGUCCUGGUGCCGGUACCACGGGCAGGAUGCAUGCAGACAACAGCGUUUUUACACGCUCGGUGAGUAUUUGCAGCGGCUUCCGCGUGGUAUUCGUGAUUUGUUAUUAUGGUCACCGGCCAUCGCGGCGGCUUAUUUCAUGCUGUACAAACAGGCUGUGUACUUUCUUCCGUCCAUGGGACGUCAGCUGUUAAGACGCCCAAUCACUCCCGCCACCGAGCCCAGCAACCGGAGUACGGAUAAGGCGCAGGGGAGCGGUGAACUGCGGGCCGUGAAGGUCCGCAUGGACGAUGCGUGUGGGAGUGUCGUGGAUGGGUUGCUUCUCCCACUGGUGGACCGCGAGGAGGAGGCGGCCGUUGCAUCGUCAUCAUUAUCCCCGCCCAUUCCGCCGUUUUCUACGGGGGCCAUGAUGGAUGCAAUGCCGCUUCGGGCUGUACGCGACGUGGAUACGGGCAAAGUCUCUGGCUACACACGGCUGUAG